CUCUGCACCGCAGUGCAUUCUGGGGAAGCAAAGAUGGUUCGUGUGUGGUAACGUGCGUGCUGAUUUGAUUUGAAUUUGAAAGAGCGUUCGAAACUUUGUUUUGAAAAGGAGAUAAAAACACCAAAUCCUUUUUUUUUCUUCUUUCCUUUGUGGCUUGUUAUAAACAUGGUCAAAUUAACUGCCGAGAUGAUUGAGCAGGCUGCUCAGUACACAAACCCAGUCCGGGACAGGGAGCUGGAUCUCAGAGGUUAUAAAAUUCCUGUAGUUGAAAAUCUUGGUGCUUCUUUGGAUCAGUUUGACACCAUUGAUUUCUCAGAUAAUGAAAUCAGGAAACUUGAUGGUUUUCCCUUGUUAAAGAGACUGAAGACCCUGCUUUUCAAUAACAACAGAGUGUGCCGAAUAGGUGAAUCCCUUGAGCAGUCCUUGCCAAAUUUGAAGGAAUUGGUUCUCACAAAUAACAACAUUCAAGAGCUGGGAGAUUUGGAUACUCUUGCAACUCUGAAGUCCUUAACGUUAUUAAGCCUUUUAAGAAAUCCAGUGACGAACAAGAAACAUUACAGGCUGUAUGUCAUCAACAAGAUCCCACAAGUUAGAGUACUUGACUUUCAGAAAGUGAAACUAUCGGAGCGCCAAGAAGCGGAGAAAAUGUUCAAAGGCAAACGCGGUGCACAGCUUGCAAAGGAUAUUGCCAAGAGAACAAAAACGUUUACUCCAGGUGCAACCCUGCAAGUUGAAAAAAAGAAAACUGGUCCUUCUGCAGCAGAUGUGGAAGCCAUCAAGAAUGCCAUUGCUAAUGCUUCGUCAUUGGCUGAAGUAGAGAGAUUAAAAGGAUUGCUGCAGUCAGGUCAGAUACCUGGACGAGACAGAAUGCCUGGGCCUUCGCAAGACAUGGAAGAGGAAGAAAUGGAAGAAGAGCCUUCCAUCAAUGGAUCCUAAUGUUACUGUGAAUUUAAAAUGUGCAAACUGUAGAUAUUUUGUGGGUUGUUUUUUUUUUGAGUUCCUAUUUGGUUUUGUACAUUCUUCUAACAUUUUGAGAAAAUCUUAAUUUUUUUUUUUUUUUUCAGUAAUUAUUUGCAAUUAACUUCAAAACCAGAAGACGGCUUUUUUAAAUAGAUUUUUAUCCAUUGCACUGUCACCUGUAUUGUGAUCAUGUAAUUCUCUUUAAGUAAAGGCGUCUGCAAAUGUACAGUACAUUAAUAAAGAUUUAGACACGCAGGUCUCCCCUCUG